GCGGCGGCCAGCGGUUCCAGCUCGGGCAGCGGCGGCAUCUUCCGGAGUCCCGCGGCGAAGAUGCUCAAAGUCACGGUGCCCUCCUGUCCCUCCUCGCCCUGCUCCUCGGCCACUGCCAGUACUGAGAACCUCGUCCCGGAUUACUGGAUCGACGGCUCUAACCGGGAUCCUCUGAGCGAUUUCUUCGAGGUGGAGUCAGAGCUGGGACGGGGUGCUACAUCCAUUGUGUACAGAUGCAAACAGAAGGGGACCCAGAAGCCCUAUGCUCUCAAAGUGUUAAAGAAAACAGUGGACAAGAAGAUCGUGAGAACUGAAAUAGGAGUUCUCCUGAGACUCUCACACCCGAACAUCAUAAAACUCAAGGAAAUAUUUGAAACCCCCACAGAAAUCAGUCUGGUCCUUGAGCUGGUCACGGGGGGAGAACUGUUUGACAGGAUUGUGGAGAAAGGCUAUUACAGUGAACGCGACGCAGCCGAUGCUGUGAAGCAGAUCCUGGAGGCAGUUGCUUACCUGCAUGAAAAUGGAAUCGUCCAUCGCGACCUCAAACCAGAGAAUCUUCUUUAUGCAACGCCAGCCCCUGAUGCACCACUCAAAAUUGCUGAUUUUGGACUUUCUAAAAUCGUGGAACAUCAAGUGCUCAUGAAGACGGUGUGUGGAACCCCAGGGUACUGCGCACCUGAGAUUCUCCGAGGCUGUGCCUAUGGCCCUGAGGUGGACAUGUGGUCUGUAGGAAUAAUUACCUACAUCCUACUUUGUGGAUUUGAACCAUUCUAUGAUGAGAGAGGUGAUCAGUUCAUGUUCAGGAGAAUUCUGAAUUGUGAAUAUUACUUUAUCUCCCCCUGGUGGGAUGAAGUUUCUUUAAAUGCCAAGGACUUGGUCAAGAAACUCAUUGUUUUGGACCCUAAGAAGCGGCUGACUACAUUCCAAGCCCUCCAACACCCGUGGGUCACAGGAAAAGCAGCCAACUUUGUCCACAUGGAUACCGCUCAGAAAAAGCUUCAAGAAUUCAAUGCUAGGCGCAAGCUUAAGGCGGCAGUGAAGGCUGUGGUGGCCUCUUCUCGGCUGGGAAGUGCCAGCAGCAGUCACACCAACAUCCAGGAGAGCAACAAAGCCAGCUCGGAGGCACAGCCCGCCCAAGAUGGCAAGGACAAGACAGAUCCUCUGGAAAACAAAAUGCAAGCGGGGGACCAAGAGGCAGCCAAGGCUACAGCCGAUGAGACGAUGAAGCUACCGUCCGAGGAGGUGGAGGAAGAGGAAGGUGUAAAAGAAGAGGAGGAAGAGGAGGAAGAGGAAGAGGAGACCUCCAGGAUGGUACCUCAGGAGCCAGAGGACAGGCUGGAGACAGAUGACCAGGAAAUGAAGAGAAAUUCAGAGGAGACGUUGAAGAGUGUGGAGGAAGAAAUGUACCCGAAAGUUGAGGAGGAAGCCGCUGCCGUGGGACUUGGGGUCCCUCCACAGCAGGAUGCAAUUCUGCCAGAGUACUAACCCGGCUUCCUUUAGGGCCCCAGGCCAACCCCAGCAUUUUACGCACUUUGUCCUUCAGCAAGGUGGGGAAGCAUGAUAAGCACUAUAGUGAUUCUGUUUUGAGGUGCAAAAAAAAAAAAAAUCCAUAUAUACCAGUUGGUAACCCUAA